UCCUCUCCUCCCUCCAUUUCUAUGGUUUUUUCAACUUCUCGGAUUUGGUCUUCCUUUUCUUCCCCCGUUUUGCAGUUUCUUUGUUUUUAUUGGAACUCCCCCAACAAACGAGAAAAACUCCACCGUUUUUCCCAUAUUCAAACCACCCCCCUCUCCUCCUUCAACUCCUCUGUAUAUUCAUCACCUUCGUCCGUCCGUUUUUUCUUCGCGACCCUCUUCGAUCUGAAUCGACGCUCUCCUCUCAGAUCUGAAAAUGAAAUUUUGAAAACUUGGUUUGAAUCAAUUAUUGUUCAGUAAGUUUGAUUGUGCUGGGAUCAUGGACAAGGAACAUCCUAGUCAAGAUUCUAACUCUCCACAAACUGAGAAGGAAAAGGGAAAUGCAACUGGUGCUCCCAAUAACAAUGAUCAAGAUGAAAAAUUGGAUGAUGAAGCAGUCAUGCACAAGGAAGACACUAAUAGGGAAGAAAAUAGCUCCUCAGAAACUGAGAAGGUAGAGCAAGGUGGAGUUGAUAAUGUUGUUAAGACGGUUCAAGAUGAAAUUUCAGAAAACGUAGAAGCUCCGAAUGAUGUCAAGGCCAGUGCAGAGCAAGAUGAUCAAGAUGGACCAUCAAAAAACCUCGAAGCUCCAAGUGAUGUCAAGACCAGUGCCAAGCCAGAAAGUGACAGUGGAAAAGAUUUGUCUGACAAGAUGAAUGGACAAAUAGACGUAGAAUCUAAAGUUCAAGCGGAAAAGGCAGAUAAGGCCCACAAACAAGAAGACACUGGUGAUGAAAAGAACGACGAGGGGAACUUGGAGCACAGGGCUAAAGAAGAAGUAAGCCAAUCUAUGAAGGAAACUGAAAAUAUCAGUGAGGAAAAGGAAGCUGAGCCCGUUUUUGAUGGAACAGAAGUUCCAGGAAUGGAAAGUGUUAGGUCUACAUCUCUCCGCUCUUUGGAUCUUGAUCCAGAAACUCAAGGAAGCAUUUGGCCGGAUAAGGCAAUGGCCAUUAAGAACUUUGUCAUGGACAAGAGUGCAGGUGCAGUGUCCACCGUCUUGCGUCGCCUUUCUGGAAAAAAAGGUGAUGAUGAAGAAGUCGCUACUCAGGAAAAUAAAGAGGAUGUAGAGUCCCACCAAGAAGUUAAAACUGAAGAAGCUUCUCAAAAAGCAUCCGAAAAAUUUGCGUGGAAUCCUCUUGGCUAUUUCAAGUUUACUAGAGAUGCUGAUGAUGAAAAAAUGGAGCAGCAGGAGGUCGUAAAUGACUUGCUACAACCUAUCGUAGCAAAAGGUAGAAUCAUUCUUUACACACGACUAGGUUGCCAGGAAUGCAAAGAGGCUAGGCUGUUCUUGUACAGAAAGCGGCUUAGGUAUGCUGAAAUUAAUAUCGACGUUUAUCCAAGUAGAAAGCUGGAGCUGGAAAAGAUUAGUGGUUCUUCAGCUGUUCCAAAGGUCCUCUUUAAUGAGAUACUUAUUGGAGGUUUGAAUGAGAUGAAAAACUUGGAUGACACUGGCAAGCUCAAGGACAAGAUUGAUUAUCUAAUCGCUGAGGUACCAUCGCCUGAAGCUCCUUUACCGCCACUUUCAGGCGAAGAUGACGAGUCUAACAGUGGGGUAAUUGAUGAGCUGGCCCUUGUUGUUCGGAAGAUGAAAGAAUCAGUUCCUGUCAAGGAUCGAUUCUACAAAAUGCGUAGGUUCACUAGCUGUUUUCUUGGUUCAGAAGCUGUAGAUUUCAUAUCGGAGGACCAAUACCUGGAAAGGGAGGAGGCUAUUCAAUUUGGCAGAAAGCUCGCCAGCAAACUUUUCUUUUAUCAUGUUCUUGAUGAGAAUGAAUUUGAGGACGGUAAUCACUUGUAUCGAUUUUUGGACCAUGACCCGAUUGUAUCAACACAGUGUUACAACAUUCCUAGAGGUAUCAUAGAUGUGAAGCCAAAGCCCAUAAUUGAAAUAGCAUCGCGAUUGAGAUUUCUGUCCUAUGCAAUCUUUGAUGCUUACACCUCAGAAGAUGGAAAGCAUGUGGACUAUAGAAGUAUUCAUGGAAGUGAGGAGUUUGCAAGGUAUUUGAGAACUGUGGAGGAACUCCAGAGGGUAGAAUUGCAAGGCAUGCCUAAGGAGGAGAAGCUUGCCUUUUUUAUUAACCUCUACAACAUGAUGGCAAUCCAUGCUAUACUGGUGUGGGGUCAUCCAGCUGGAGCGCUGGAACGAAGGAAGUUGUUUGGAGAUUUCAAAUAUGUUGUUGGUGGAUGCACCUAUUCACUUUCGGCCAUCCAAAAUGGUAUUCUUCGGGGCAAUCAGCGACCGCCUUACAAUCUCAUGAAACCGUUUGGUGCCAAAGAUAAACGUUCCCAGGUGGCUCUUCCAUAUCCAGAGCCUCUUAUUCACUUUGCACUUGUAUGUGGCACUCGGUCUGGACCAGCUCUUCGAUGCUAUUCACCUGGGAAUAUUGACAAAGAGUUGACAGAGGCAGCUUGUCUUUUCUUAAGAAGUGGAGGAUUCUAUUACGAUUUGAAUAACAAGGUUGCCUCUGUCAGCAAGAUCCUUAAUUGGUUCCGUGUAGAUUUUGGGAAAAACGAGUUGGAAGUGGUUAAGCAUGCAUCAAACUAUCUAGACUCAAAGGACUCGGAGGCACUACUGGAGAUGCUUUCGACCAAUCAAUUGAAGGUGACCUACCAGCCAUAUGACUGGGGAGUGAACUGCUAAGCUUCAUUCUUUGAGUAACUUUUGUCUAAUACUCACACCUUCCCCUGUUAUGAACUCAACAGAGUGGCAGAGUUUUUUUCUUCACCUUUAAUACAUAGCUUCCCCUGCUUUUAAGUUGCAGUGGUGAAGAGCUAAUGUUUUCGGUUUUCGCCGAGAUGGGAAUAGAAUCAUGUUUUGUGA